UAUAAUUAGGGUUUGGUUGGAUAAGAAUAUAAAUCCUAGAUCUAGAUUCUUUUGGAAUGAUACAAGGAAGGAUAAUGGAUAUCCACAAAUAUUUCAUAACACAAAUGAAAUUUUUUGUGACAGUGUUUAUAAAAAAGAGAAAAAGAAAAAGAAAAUCACCAAACCUGGCCUCAAAAUGGGCCAUAAUACAAUAGCAUUUAUAGGGGUAAUCCAUCCCACCCAAAUAAAGAAGAUGUAAAAAAAAAAAAAAAAAAAAAAAAAAGGCAAAUUGAACAACUUUGCUAAAUCAAUUACACCAAUCUCCAGUAAACUGAUAACCCCCUUUCAGCUCUCACUCGCCAUUUAAGGCUCUGGAAAAUUGGCAGAAACAAGCUUGGAGCUGUAUUCAGUGAUGGCCAGUGUUCUGUUUUCACCAACAUUUCACGGCUCAACUAUCCGAACCAGCACAGAAGUUAAAAGGCGUGAUCAUAAACUUGGCAGAGUUUGUUGUGUAAAGGCAAUGAGAGUAGAGAAGUCUUUGGAAGAACUUUAUCAGAUAAGGGUAGAAAGAAAAGUAUCUCCUAAGAGAUUAGAUGAGCUUGGUGUAUCAAGAUGGUCAGUAUGGAAGACCGGAAAAUGCAAAUUGCCCUGGGACUGGCAUGUGGACCAGCUUGUCUAUAUCGAAGAGGGAGAGGUUAGAGUUGUUCCGGAAGGGAGCAAAAAAUAUAUGAGUUUUAAGGCUGGUGACCUUGUGCGCUAUCCCAAGUGGUUCGAGGCUGACCUGUGGUUCAAUGACUUUUACCAGGAGCGUUAUAACUUUCGAGCUUAUGGUGAUGACUAGAUGUAAGAUUUUUCGGAUUCAUAUAGUGUAUGAUUUCAGUAAAAUUAGGAUAUAUAUUGCUAAUUAGAUGUAAGAAUUCUCUGUUUUGCGACAAUUUUGCAACUGCACGACUGAACACUUCAAUUUCGCA